AUGACACAUACUAGAGCUAAAACUAUGCCUGAUGAAUAACAUCAUGGUCCUAUUUUGAAUUUGGAUGAUUCAUUAAAAAGAAAAAUAGCACUCUUAAUUAUGUUAAGAAAAAGUGCCCGAAGAAGAAAUACUUGCUUCUAAAUACCAAAAAAAAGUGUAUUAGUUUCAAAAGAAAAAUUAAUUAAUUACUAAAAAUAAAUUUCUGAAUAUAUAGUCAAAACAUAAUAAGAGCCUGAAAAUCAAGUUGAAUUUUCUCCUGCUUUAGAUUAAAUUCGAGCAUAUCAAAGAAGAGUGAACUUUACUGAUAGAAAAUAAUCAUUGAAAAUUAAUCAGAAAAAAAAAAAGAGUUUGGUCUCAGAUAUGCUUAAAAAACAAUCCAAUAGUAUCAUCAAAUCCUAUUUAUCAAAUAAGGCUGUCACAUUGAAUUCAGAACAUUAAUCGUUAAUAUUUAAGCCAUUAAAUGAAUUGAUUCAAAAAAAAACACCAACAAUUCAUGAAAAAAUUGUAAAUAAUUAAUCUUGGUCAGAUAAAAGUUUGAUGAAAAGAAGACCAAAUUUAUUAAUUAAAUUAUAACCUUAUUUAUAAAAAUAAGUAGUUGUUAAAUGA